GUCCGGGAGUCAAAGCCAGUUGUCAACCCAGUCCAGUCCCGCACUCUUCUGCCUCCUCUUCUUUUUUUUUGCUUUCAAUAUGACAGAUGCUGCUGUGUCCUUUGCCAAGGACUUCUUGGCUGGUGGAAUUGCCGCGGCCAUUUCCAAGACGGCGGUAGCACCCAUCGAGCCGGUCAAGCUGCUGCUGCAGGUGCAGCAUGCCAGCAAGCAAAUCACGGCAGAUAAGCAAUACAAGGGCAUUAUAGACUGCGUGGUUCGUAUCCCCAAGGAACAGGGAGUCCUGUCCUUCUGGCGUGGUAACCUGGCCAAUGUCAUCAGAUACUUCCCCAUCCAGGCUCUCAACUUUGCCUUCAAAGAUAAAUACAAGCAGAUCUUUCUGGGUGGUGUGGACAAGAGGACCCAGUUUUGGUGCUACUUUGCAGGGAACCUGGCAUUGGGUGGUGCCACAUCCUUGUACUUUGGGGCCACAUCCUUGUACUUUGUGUACCCUCUUGAGUUUGCCCGUACCCGUCUAGCGGCUGAUAUGGGCAAAGCUGGAGCUGAAAGGGAAUUCAAAGACCUCGGUGACUGCCUGGUUAAGAUCUACAAAUCUGAUGGGAUUAAGGGCCUGUACCAAGGCUUUAAUGUGUCUGUACAGAGCAUUAUCAUCUACCGAGCUGCCUACUUUGGUAUCUAUGACACUGCAAAGGGAAUGCUCCCAGAUCCCAAGAACACUCACAUCUUCAUCAGCUGGAUGAUUGCACAGUCUGUCACUGCUGUCGCUGGCCUGACUUCCUAUCCUUUUGACACGGUUCGCCGUCGUAUGAUGAUGCAGUCGGGACGCAAAGGAACUGAUAUCAUGUACACAGGCACGCUUGACUGCUGGCGGAAGAUCGCUCGAGAUGAAGGAAGCAAGGCUUUUUUCAAGGGUGCAUGGUCCAACGUUCUCAGAGGCAUGGGUGGCGCCUUUGGGCUUGUCUUGUAUGAUGAGAUCAAGAAGUACACAUAAUUAUGUCUUAGGUGUUCUCCCCGAGAACAAGCAUGUUGUAUAAUAUACCAUAUCUUGAACAUUCUGGACAGAUUCUCUGGGCUUGUCUGUUUUAUCAAUGGCAACUA